CAGGGCUAGCUGGAGUCCAGUACCUACCAACUCCUUGUUUUAAGUUUAACGUUAGUGCUAACUCGUUUUCCUGCCACGUUGCCUUGGGUCUUCAACUUGAAUUAGUAUAUUCAUAUCCUGAUGCUGAUAUGAUAUGAUAUGUCUUCCACUCUGCACUAGCAGUUCUAUGUUUUUUUUAUACUCUAGAAAGCAGUUCUAUUUUUCUGGGGCACAUUGUUGAUUGUUCAACUUUUGUACUAACUGCAAAUUCUACUACACCAGAGAAUAUAGUACUAGUAUUUUGGUAGAUCGUAUUAUUAUUUUUAUUUUAACUAAUAACAGGACAGCUGGUGGCUGAAAGGGUUAUUUCCCUUGAAAAUUAUAUAAGUGGAGUUGAUAAGAGGCCCGCCUCAAACUCUCAAAGGCACCUGCUUGUUUGGCGCCACCUCUCAUCUGUUUGUCGUUUGCUUACUCCUGCGGAUUCAUCAUAUUCCAGUCUUUACAAGCUGCCAUCAAGAUGUUGCCGCUUGAACAUAAGCCCGGGCACUGAGUUUUUUGGAUGGCAGUGACCUGCAGAACCUCCAAGAUAUCUGCCUUCCGUGGUUGCAAUUCUUGUGGGUCCUACUUUUAAUCUUGCAAGUGCUUCAAAGGGAAGGCCUGCACUGCAAGGGAGUAGUGAGGGAGGCAGAGUUAUGGGAGUUGUGCUUCUAGAUUUCUCUCACAAAUUGAUCAAACGACGAGCUUGUCUACGGUGGAAGCAAGCAGGCCGCGCAUCUUACGGUUGCAGCUAGUAUUUUCUGGCAGCUUGCUCCCAGUCUGCAACUUCUCUUUGCUGUGUUUGUUGCAUGAGGUUUGAGCUGUGAGCACAUGGGGUUGAACACAGAAUCGUUGCGAGGCUUGUGUUCUGAUCGUCUAUGGAAGUAUGCAGUAUUUUGGUCAAUCAAAAGCGAGAAGCAUGGCAUCUUGACUUGGGAGGAUGGCUACGUCGACAAGAUGACCAAAAACACGAGAGAUCAUUACGGGGGCCCAGCUGAUGGUGACAACCAGAUAAUAACACCUACUUCUAACGAUGGCCAAUAUCAAAGCUAUCCAUUUUGCCCCAUCGAGGCAGCAUUACUGCGCAUGUCUAGUCAUUCGUAUUCUCUUGGAGAAGAAAUUAUUGGUAAAGUGGCCAUUAUGGGACAAGAUUGCUGGAUUUCUUCCAGUGAUCUUCGUUCAACUUUGGUGUACAAGUAUCACGAAGACUGGCAAUUUCAGUUUGCAGCAGGAAUCAAAACAGUUCUACUUGUACCAGUGAUUCCUUAUGGGGUUCUUCACCUGGGAUCUUUAUGUAUGCCUCAGGUUUUGGAAAGUUCAGCACUGGCGACACACAUGAAGGACCUGUUCUAUAAGAUUUACAAUCCCUCAAUUCCUCAUAAUCCUUCAGCCACAGGGUUCUGCUACUCAAAUUCUUUGAAAAGACCUACUGCAGAUGUAUCGUUGGAUCCCGCAGAUGUUCUGGCCCAUGACUUAUUUGAUGUGAUCAACAAUUCUGCUCAGCUAUUUACCAUUGAACACCUUAGUCUACCACAUCCCUUCACUCCGUCCGAGUUUCCAAUGUUAGAAGAUGUCAUUACAGGAGCGUACGAUAUUGGUCUAACAACUUGCUCAGAUGAGAGUGAUCUGUGGACCAAUGUUCAUGAAGCACCAUCUGAACUCACUCACUGCAAGACACUGGUCGACCCGGAGAUGAAAAACCUCUCAUUUAUGGAUAAGUUGAUCAAUUCCAACAGCAAACUGAGUUGCACAUCAGUAAUUAACAUACAAGAUGCGGAUUAUAAUAAUAUUGAUGAUUUUAUUCUGGCAUAUAUGGCACAAGAAUAUCAGGAGCACACAUGUGGCAGCACUUUAGUUUUAAAUGAUGAUGUUGUAACUUCAGAUUCUUCAAUUCACUCAAAGAUGCACAAAGGUCUUGAGGCAAUUCCCAGGGAAGAUAUUGAGAGCUUCAUGUGGCAUGGUAGAUUGAAACAACAAGAGUCUACAAGCCACUCUCUCCUUCAAGCGAAUGGAAAUAAAGCAUAUUCUUACUCACACCUCGAGACCAAUGAUUAUGCUGAAUUCUUAGUGGAUGCUAUAACCAACCAGGUUGGUAAUAUCCCAAACAGUUGCUCGUAUCACUCGACUGAUUCUUCGACUUCAAGCGAAACACAAAUACAGAGAGAAGAUCAUGCACUGAGGUUGGAUUCUUCGACUUCAUGCGGAACACAAAUACAGAGAGAAGAUCAUGCACUGAGGUUGGAGGAAUCGGCAAUCCCAGAUCCCUUUGGUGGUCGAGAAUUUUCACUUACCUCAGUCGAAGAAGGCUUCAUGACUUCCAAAAUGACUGUUUCGCUCCCGAAGGGAAUCAACAGGACCAUGACUGAAGAAUGCGUGGUUCAUACAAUUCAAGACAUGCACAGGGAAAUUUCAGUUGAAAUAAAGCAUGAAGGCGGAAAAAAAGAACUGCACAGACCAAGACCGAGAGACAGGCAACUGAUUCAAGACAGGAUGAAGGAGUUGAGGGAGCUCAUUCCAAAUGCAUCAAAGUGCAGCAUUGAUGCUCUCCUGGACAAAACAAUAACACAAAUGCUGUUCCUCCAAAGUGUAUCGGAGAAAGCUGAGAAGCUUCAGAACAAAACAAGAAAUGAGAAGUUCGGUAACGAGGCCAAGAAGAAGCUGGAAAACUGCCCGCUGAGAGUGGAAGAGCUCGAGGAACCUGGUCAUCUUCUCAUUGAGAUAUUGUGCAAGGAGUAUGACGUCUUUUUCGAGACUGCGCAUCUGUUCAAGGGCCUUGAGGUCAGCAUACUGAAGGGAGAGCUGGAGCAUCGUUCUGGCCAGCUCUGGGCUCGCUUUGUUGUUGAGGCUUCCAAAUGUUCAAACCAGAUGCAGAUUCUUUGCCCACUGAUGCACCUCUUGCAGAGGAGAUGAUUCCAUUGCCGCGUGUUCAGACAAGUGCCGCCUUGCAGCUAGUCCAGUUUCCGUUUCAAUAAGAGUGUGCAGUUACAGAAUGUACUGUUUCAUUGCAGACAUCUGUUUCCUUCUCUGAGACAUAUGGCAACCCAGAGUUGCUUAUGCUGUUACAGAAUAUACUUUGAUCACAGGACUGUGAAAUGCUA